CGCUGUUAGACACUUCCGCGGUAGGCGUGAGAUAGCGUGUGCGGUAGAGAUGUGAACAUUGACUGGAAACAAUCUCCUGUUAGUCUCUUAACAUGACAUCAGCUGGCAACACCUGCGAUGAUGAGGACACUUUCAAGAUCCUCAUUGCCACAGACAUUCACCUGGGUUACCUGGAGAAAGAUGCUGUCAGAGGAAAUGACACGUUUGUGACGUUUGAUGAGAUCAUGAAAUGUGCCAUGCAGAAUGAGGUUGACUUUGUUUUGCUGGGCGGUGAUCUGUUCCAUGAUAACAAGCCAUCCCGCAAGACUAUGCACUGCUGCAUGGAGGUGAUGAGGAAGUACUGCAUGGGUGACCGUCCAAUUGUCUUUGAAAUCCUAAGCGAUCAGGCUGUCAAUUUCAGUCAAAGCAAGUUUCCAUGGGUUAACUACUUGGAUGAGAAUCUCAACAUCUCCAUGCCUGUUUUCAGUGUACAUGGUAACCAUGACGACCCCACAGGGGCUGAUGGUCUGUGUGCUAUAGACCUGCUGAGCUGUGCUGGUCUGGUCAAUCAUUUUGGCCGCAGUCGAUCAGUGGAAAAACUUGAGAUCAGUCCGGUUCUCCUGCAGAAAGGAAGCACCAAGAUUGCACUUUAUGGCAUCGGUUCAAUUCCAGACGAGAGGCUCUACCGGAUGUUUGUUAAUAAUCAGGUGACCAUGCUCAGACCCAGAGAGGAAGAGGAGACCUGGUUCAACUUAUUUGUCAUCCAUCAAAACAGGAGUAAACAUGGGGCGACUAACUACAUCCCCGAGCAGUUUUUAGAUGAUUUCCUGGAUCUGGUGGUGUGGGGUCAUGAGCAUGAAUGUAAGAUCGCACCGGUCCGUAACGAACAGCAGCUGUUUUAUGUCACACAGCCCGGCAGCUCCGUAGUCACCUCGCUUUCACCGGGAGAAGCCGUCAAAAAACACAUUGGGUUAUUGCGAGUGAAAGGUAAAAAAAUGAACCUUCAGAAAAUUCCCCUACAGACAGUGAGGCAGUUUUUCAUUCAGGAUGUCACUCUCUCUGACCACCCUGACCUGUUCAGUCCAGAGCAACCCAACGUCACGCUCAAAGUCCAAGCUUUCUGCCAGGAGAAGAUUGAGGAGAUGCUUGAAGAGGCAGAGAGAGAGAGACUUGGAAACCCACUAACCCCUGAGAAACCUCUCAUCAGACUCCGGGUGGAUUAUAGCGGGGGUUUUGAAGCUUUUAAUACAAUGCGCUUCUGUCAAAAAUUUGUCGAUCGGGUGGCAAACCCUAAAGAUAUCCUGCAUUUUAUUAGACACAGAGAAGCCAAAGACAACGUUAAAGAAGAAGGGAUGGAUUUUGAAUCAUUACUCUCUCGUCCUGCCUCGGAGGUUUUACAGCUGAGAGUGGAAGAUCUUGUGAAGGAGUACUUCCAGACUGCUGAGAAGAAUGUGCAGUUGUCUCUGUUGACGGAGCAAGGCAUGGGGAAGGCAGUGCAAGAGUUUGUGGAUAAGGAAGAAAAAGAUGCCAUCGAAGAACUCAUAAAAUACCAACUGGAGAAAUCGCAGCGCUACCUGCGAGAACGACGAGUGGAGGCCACAGAGGAGAAGAUCGAUGAGGAGAUUCAACGAUUUCGAGAAUCAAGGAAAAACACAGCGGAGGAGGAUGAGGAACUAAAAGAGGCUAUCAGUCGUGCGAAAGCUCACAGGGACCGCAGUGGUCCUGUGAGAGAUGAUGAUCUUAAUCUAUCGGAUGAUGCUGCUGCCAUGGAGACGGAUGAGGAAGCCGUUCCUACUCCAAUCCGUGGUAGAGGGCGGGGCUCUAGAGGAGCAAGAGGUCAAAGUACGAGCAGAAGAGCGCGAGGUGCUGCCUCUCAGUCGGGCCGGGGCGGACGUGGACGUGGACAGAAAACUCUCUCAAGUCCAGUGAAAACCAAAUCAAUAAUGGAAUCCUUCCAGGCUCCGACUCAAAGGAGCUCACGUGCGAGUAUGCCAAAGCCCUAUGCUGAAGAGAUCACUAUAGAGGACAGUGACUCAGAUGACAUCGUAUCAUUUGGCAAGGCUUCUCUGGCCACACAUAAGACAUCUUCAUUAGGCUCCAGAGGAAGAGGUUCCCAGAGCCAAAGUCAGUCUUUUAAAGGAGUGUGCUUUGAUGACAGCGAUGAUGAGGAGUUUGAUCCGUUUAAGGGCUCAAGACGACAGAGAUGAGAUGACUGAAUUCCAAUACCUUCUCUUCACUAAUGCUGUUCAUAUUGCCGUUUGUUCAGAGAUUUGAAUAACAUACUUUUAAGUUUAUGAUUAACUUGACCAUAUGUUUAGAAUUAAAAAACUUUUUCAAUGUGAGUUAAACAAUGUUGUCGUUUAUAGUAAAGAACAUCGUCCCAGGGUUUUAUUCAUGCGUUCAUUUGUUGAUCAGAGCAAAAGUGUUUUUUAAGAUUAUCUUUCUUGACAUUAAAAGCACAGACUGUCCCUU